GUUUAGAAAUCGUGGAAGCAAUAAUAUGAUACGUUAUAAGUUUUUAUUAUUUUUAAUUCUGUUACCCAUAUUAACAAAAUCAAAAAAUGUUCAUCAAAAUUAUCCAUCAUCGUUGGAAGAUGAUGAAAAUGCACCUCUGCCCUUUUUGGAUCAAGUAGCACAAGCAAACACAUGGAAAUCACAAAAUCGCGUUAUAUCGGCGACAUACACGGGAGAUCCACAAACAGGUCGCGUUGAUCAUGCAAAUCUGGUAAUAAAUGUGGUGCCACGCACAAGUGUAAAGCCAGCCGAUGUUGAUUUAUAUGCAUCACACACUUUGGCCAAUGCAAAAACUGCCGAAGAAUAUGUGAACAAAGCACUCGAAAUGAAAACUAAAUAUGAUCACACCACACCGUCUUCGUCUUUCGUAAAAUAUGACAUAUAUGAAGCUGAAAAAACAAAAUUGGUUCCAGUCGUAUCUACACCGAGCCACGUGACCGAACCAAUGUCGCACAAAGAAGAUGUGUCUGACAUGACCAAAUCGGCCAGUGAUUUUUCGGAAUAUUCACUUGACCACCCGCAAGAAUAUGUGCAUCAAACAACAACUACAACGUACAAACAUCCAGCACUAUCCACACAAUUCAAAGAUUUAGAUUCGUCAAAUUCCGAUUACAAUCACAAUUACAAUUACUUAUCGUCUAUUGCACAUCACAAUUAUGAUCCGUAUGAUUCGAUAAAGCAUAUAAAUCACGAUAAUCGAAAUAAUAUGGAUGAUGUUAUGCGUAAAUUGGCCGGUUAUCCAAGCAAAGAGGAUAUGAUAAAGUACAUUGAAAGAGCUGUUAAAAAAUAUCUCAGAGAAUUCGAUUUAGCUGGAAGAUUGACAUCAUCACCAUCAUCACCAUUGAGUGGAUCGUCAAGCGCACAGGCUGAAAUUAAGACUUACUAUCGAUUUCCAUCAUCGACAACAGCAAGCCCAAUUGAAUCGACAAAACUCUACAAUGCUGGAAUUCAUUCGGAAUUUUUCAAACCAACAAAAGGAAGCUCAUCAAAACCAUCUUAUUCCACAAUAAAACCAUUCACAUUUGAUUACUCGCCGGAAGGUGUUGAUUUAACAAUUCCAAGCAAAAAACGACCAAAACCACUUGAUUUAUCAGCACUUGAUGUGGGACAGUCAUGGUCACAUCCACCGUCAGCACACGCCUCUGAACCAGUUGUCACAUACCGCAAAAAGAAGAAACCAAAGAUUCACAUGAAUUCACAAACCUAUCAAGACAUUAAUUCACUUCCAUAUUUACCGAAUCGAGGACUGAUCUACGAUGAAUAUAGCCCAUUUUCAACGGCAACUUCAAUCAUCGAUCAUCCGAGCGGCAACAGUCACUAUUCAUCGCAUAAGGACCAUCCGGUUGGAGCAUCAAUUUCGUUCGGUGGUCAUUCACAUGAAUCAAAACGUCAUCGUCAUCAUGGUCACGGUCAUCAUCACAGCUCACAUUCGCAUCAUCACGAUCACGACGAGAAAUCGAAUUUCGUACCAUCAAUGCAAGUAGUGAACGGCAUACCUGUAACAAAUCCAUAUAAAUUCAAUAUGGAAACAUUAAAUGACAUAUUUGAUGGUGGCGCGGAAAAGAAUAAAUUUUCAUUCACCGAUGAUUUUGGUCCGUCCACAGGCGCAAUUUGGAAUCCAUAUAACAUUGAUUUAAACACUCUCACCAGAGACAGCAGUGGCAGCGGUAGCAGUUCAACUUAUGCGUUCGACAGUUACAAUCCAAAAUUCAACAAUAAUCCAGAAGAUACAUUUUUCGAUCAAUAUCGAUUUGGUGUGUCUGAUUGGGACACAGAUGGAUAUCCAUCACGUCAACGUGGAACAAUCGGUUCGGAUAUGUUCACAAGUGGCACAGCGCAACGUUCGAAAAAAGUCCCAUCACCAAAUAGCAAACGAGCUGUUACAAAACUCAUUCCAAAACCAAAGCAAAGGGCCCCAAAACGAAUUACACAAAGCAAAGAGCCCGAUAGAGAUUUAAUGCCACCACCAGCUAAAAUUUAAUUCACAUUAAUUUAUCACGAAUGUAAUUUAAUACCAAAGAUUGUAGUAGAGUUUAUAUGUGUUUCUGUAACGAACACAUAUCGUUUAUAAUGUUCAGGAUUUUCAUUUUGAUUGAAUACAAUCGAUUGAAAUUGAAUCGAUACUUCAAUGUCAGUGCAGAUUGUAAACUGAUGCAACGAAAAUUCCAUGUCUGUAAAACAAAAGUGAAAAAGCACAAUGAACGAAAACUUGCCAUUUUUUAUACAUUUCUAUUUAGUGCUGAAUUUUCAUGGCUCAUUACUUGCGGACACUCAUGUUUAUAAUAUAACAUUCGCUAUGAUUCUAUUCGAAUUUAUUGACGUGAAUUCUCUACUUGAAAUUCGAUUUAAAAAAAAAUACAUUCAAAAGUUUUCAUUGUGCUUUUGAUCUAUUGAUGCAGAACCCAUCAUUUUUGCUAGGACGACAAACUAAUUAGAUCAUAUUCGAUAAAAAAAAAC